AUGACUAGCCCUGUCCCGUCGCCCAAGUUCAUUCUACGCGGGCACAGGGCCGCCAUCCAUGCGGCCACCUUCAUCCGACAGAAUGAGCGGCUUGUGACGGGCGAUUCCGAUGGCUUUGUGGUGCUAUGGGACCUGACCGUUAUGAGACCUAGGGCUGUUUGGCGUGCUCAUGAGAGUGCAGCUCUGGGACUUCGAGGGUGGGAGGACGACAAGCUCAUCACACAUGGUCGAGAUCACAAGCUUAUUGUUUGGAAGAUUGCAAGAGAAGACGAGAGCGGCCUCAGCACAGCCUUACCGUUGGAUGGUGACGAUGUCGAGAGACGUCAUCCCUGGGUGGUGCAUUUGCUGCAAGUAAACACGAUGAACUUUUGCUCCUUCGCAGCUUGUCCAUCGCAAGUCUCGACCUACUCGCGUUUUCUUAGGAAAUGCCCUGAAAUUCUAAUAGCUGUUCCGAAUACUCUGGCAUCAGAAUCUGUUGACAUAUAUACGUUGCCAUCUCAGAAACGUAUUCAUACAGUCAAACCGGGUGGGCGGAAUGGAAUGGUGAUGAGCUUGUCCUUGGUUCACCUUGAGAAGUGCCUGACUUUGGUUGCUGCUUUUGAAAACGGAUUUGCAUCCGUUCAUCGGUUGACUCCUACAGGGGGCUGGAUCAUGACGUACAGAGCGCAGGCACAUUCGCAACCUAUCCUGUCUCUGGACCUUGGGCCAGACUCGAAAUGCUUCUUCACAUCCGGGGCAGAUGCCAUGGUUGCGAAACACCCGAUCCCUACAGCCCCGCAAGAGAUGGCCAAGCCAUUCAAUCCAGCGGAGCGCAUCAUAGACGAGAUCGAUGAGAAUCCUAAACAAGGAGACUCACUUCCGUCUGGUGGCUUAAAGUCGAAAGAUGCAAUGAGGGCAGAUGACGACACUGUAUUGGGAGCAUGGAAACACCCGAGGAGGGUAAUCAACACGAAACACUCGGGACAGCAGAGUCUCGAGGUUCGGUCUGACGGAGCAAUCCUCGCAACUGCUGGUUGGGACUCCAAGAUCCGACUCUACUCCUGCAAGACCCUCAGGGAGCUUGCUGUUCUGAAGUGGCACAAAGAGGGCGCUUACGCCGUCACCUUCUCUGAUGUCGGACCAAGGACAGACGAAGAGGCACACGGCGACUCCGAGGUGCAGGAGGCUGACGACGUCGUUGACCUGAGUCGACUAUCUGUUCGGGAUAGACGAAGUCACCGCGUCAAAGCAGCUCAUUGGGUCGCUGCCGGGGCCAAGGAUGGAAAAGUGAGCCUUUGGGACAUGUACUAG